AUGGCUGCUGAAUUUGUUGGCGGUGCAAUUGUUAAUUCAAUCAUUCAGGUCUUGGUUGAUAAGUUAGCUUCAACCGAAAUGAUGGAUUAUUUUCGAACUAAACUCGAUGGGAAUUUGCUGAUGAAAUUAAACAAUAGUUUGAUUUCCAUCAAUGCUGUUGUUGAAUAUGCUGAGCAGCAGCAGAUCAGAAGAUCUACUGUGAGGACAUGGAUUUGUAAUGUCAAAGAUGCUAUAAUGGAUGCUGAGGAUGUUCUUGAUGAAAUCUACAUACAGAAUUUGAAGUCCAAGCUUCCUUUUACUUCUUAUCACAAGAAUGUUCAAUCCAAAUUACAAGAUAUUGCUGCAAACCUAGAACUUCUAGUGAACAUGAAGAAUACCCUUUCGUUGAAUGAUAAAACUGCUGCUGAUGGUUCUACUCUCUGCUCACCGAUCAUUCCAACUAAUCUACCUCGUGAGCCUUUUAUUUAUGGCAGGGAUAAUGAGAAAGAACUUAUUUCUGAUUGGCUAAAAUUUAAAAAUGAUAAGCUCUCUGUAAUUUCCCUCGUUGCUAUGGGGGGUAUGGGUAAAACUACUCUUGCGCAACAUUUGUUUAAUGAUCCUAGCAUCCAGGAAAAUUUUGAUGUUUUAGCUUGGGUACAUGUUUCUGGUGAAUUUAAUGCUCUUCAAAUAAUGAGGGACACUCUUGCAGAAAUCAGUGGUUCAUACCUUAAUGAUACUAAUUUCACUCUGGUUCAACGUAAGGUAGCAAAUGAACUGAAUGGGAAGAAGUUUUUUAUUGUUUUGGACAAUAUGUGGAAUGACAACGAAGUGGAAUUGAAAGAUUUGAAGAUUCCAUUUCAGUGUGGGGCUGAGGGAAGUAAAAUCCUUGUCACUACGCGCAAAAGUGAAGUUGCUUCAGGCAUGGAGUCAGAUCAUACUCAUCUUCUACAAAAAUUAGAAGAAGAACAUGCAUGGGACUUGUUUUCCAAACAUGCAUUCAAAAAUCUAGAGAGUUCUCGAAUAACCAUUGGCCCAGGAGUUUUUGAGUUAAUUGCCGAAGAUGUCAUGAGGAAAUGUAACGGAUUACCUUUAGCUUUGGAAGCAAUUGGGCGUCUCUUGAGCGUACAUUCAUCCUUCAAGGACUGGAGUGAGAUAUCGAAAAGCGGUAUAUGGAACUUACCAGGAGAAACACGAAUUGUCCCUGCUUUGAUGUUAAGUUAUCAAAAGCUUCCAUAUGAUCUUAAGAGAUGUUUUGGGUACUGUGCAUUAUUCCCUAAAGGCUACCUAUUUGACAAGGAUGAUUUAAUUUUACUAUGGACGGCUGAAAACUUUCUCCCUGGACAAAAGAAGGGUGAAAACUUUCUCCCUGGACAAAAGAAGGGUGAGUCGUACUUUAACCAUCUACUGUCAAUAUCAUUUUUCCAACCAUCAGAAAAAUAUAAAAAUUAUUUUAUCAUGCAUGAUUUAUUUCAUGACUUAGCUGAAACUGUGUUUGGGGAUUUUUGCUUAACAUUGGGAGCCGAAAGAGGGAAAAAUAUAUCAGGGAUAACUCGUCAUUUUUCAUUUGUAUGUGAUAAAAUUGGAUCUUCAAAAGGGUUCGAGACCUUAUAUACAGAUAAUAAGUUGUGGACAUUUAUACCACUGUCUAUGAAUUCUUACCAACAUCGUUGGUUGUCGCCCUUGACGUCAUUGGAGCUUCCAAAGUUGUUCUUGAAAUGUAAGUUGUUGCGUGUAUUGUCAUUGUGCGGAUACAUGGAUAUGGUGGAGUUGCCGGAUACAGUAAGAAAUCUUAUACACCUCCGUCAUCUCGACCUUUCCCGGACUGGGAUAAGAAAUUUGCCGGAUUCUUUAUGCUCCCUCCUUUACUUGCAAACAUUGAAGGUGAAGGAUUGUGAGUAUUUGGAAGAGCUGCCUGUGAAUUUACACAAACUGGUGAAAUUGUCUUAUCUUGACUUUAGUGGAACUAAGGUUACAAGAAUGCCAAUCCAAAUGGAUAGACUACAAAAUCUUCAAGUUCUUAGUUCCUUUUAUGUGGACAAGGGCAGUGAGUCCAAUGUGAAACAGUUAGGAGAUCUCACUCUACAUGGAGAUCUGUCCAUUUUCGAGCUACAGAAUAUUACUAAUCCAUCAGAUGCAGCUCUGGCAGAUAUGAAAAGUAAAUCUCAUCUUUUGAAACUAAAUUUAAGGUGGAACGCUACUAGUACCAGUUCAAAAAAUGAAAGGGAGGUGCUCGAGAACCUUAAACCUUCCAUACAUUUGACAACGCUCUCAAUUGAAAAGUACGGUGGAACAUUUUUUCCAAGUUGGUUUGGAGACAACUCAUUGAUAAGUCUGGUAUCGCUAGAGUUGAGCAAUUGUAAACAUUGUAUGAUGCUUCCUUCGCUUGGAACUAUGUCAUCACUUAAGCACCUUCGGAUCACUGGGCUCUCUGGGAUAGUGGAGAUUAGGACGGAGUUUUAUAGGGAUGUGAGCUGCUCUUCUCCAUCUGUUCCAUUUCCAUCCUUGGAAACUUUAAUUUUUAAGGAUAUGGAUGGAUGGAAAGAUUGGGAAUCUGAAGCUGUUGAGGUUGAGGUCUGA